AGGAAAGUAUGAUAAGAUUUUGGGUUGGGGGAGAUAGAAAGAAAGAAAAGCCAAUAAAGGGAAAAAGUCAUAGUUAUAAUAAUAAUAUAAUUAAGAGAGAAAAGGGAGAGGAAGAGGAAGAUGAAACCUGACAGAAGAAGAGAAGAAGCAGUGUAACAGAAUGGGGAGUUUAGUGUACCAAGUGAUUUCCUCCGCAGCACUUUUCACGCUUGGCAUCUACCACCUCAUAACCACCACGCGCAACUACCUCAAAUCGCCCCUCUCCUACGCCGCCAAACCCUUCCACCCCUUCCCCUACCCCCGCCGCCUCCCUCUUUACUUAGUCAUAACAUCUCUCCUCCUCGCCAUGGCCCACCACCUCCUCAUCUCCGCCGACGCUGAUCCCUUAGUCCGUGGCGCCACCGCCGUCCACCGCAUCACCUCCCUCCAAUCCGCCGCCUCGCUCUUUUUAUUCCUCCUCCUCGCCCUCGCCCUCCUCUUGGCCGACGCCUCCCCCGCCCUCCUCCCUCUCCCCCCCGACCUCUCCUUCGCCCUCGCCUCCGCCCUCUUCCUCCUCCACGCCUCCCUCGCCUCCGCCCGCGCCUCGCUCCAAACCUCCGCCAUCGAGGCCAAAUGCCUCUCCGUCUCCGCCUCGCUCUCCCACCUCUCCGCCCUCCUCUGCCUCCUCCUCGCCGCGCUCCCCCGGUUGUUCCCCGCGGACGUCGCGCUCUCCGCCGCCUUCUGCCUCCGCGGGCUCUGGGCCCUCCAGAGCGGGCUCUCCCUCUACGCCGACGCCUUCAUCCCCGAGGGCUGCCACCGCCUCCUCGACGUCACCAGCGGCGUCGAAGGUUCCACACAGUGCGAUCUCGAUGAGUCCAAGCUCCGCGCCGUCGCGAUCCUUGAUCUGGCGUUCUUGAUCCACACCAUCUUCGUCGUCCUAAUCGUUCUCCUUACUUAUGCUCUCGUCUGCAGGAGUGUCGGUGGCAGGAGGCUCGGAUCCUAUGAGGCGCUCCCCACCGCGGCUUCCCCUACGGACGCUAAUCACAGCCAUAUUCAGAUGAAGGCCUUUACUGGCACCCAGGCUUGAAUCUUUUUUUUUUCGCUCAUUAUUUAUUUAUUUAUUUAGAAUUUUUGUUAUCUAUCGUUAGUAUUUGAUCAGAAUGUAGGGACAUUAGUAUUCCUGUUUAGUGAGUGAGAGAGAUGAAUACGUGUGUAGUUCCAAUUUUGUUUUGUUAUGAUAUAGAACUUUUCACUGCUUUGCAUAUUCCUAAACACCCUUCAUAGA